AUGCUUGGCAGAGGAGUGGCAGCAGCAGUCUUCGGCUGGGCUGCGGCUUUGCUAUCGCUUGCAAAGCCACUCGUUGCCGCCCAUCGUGGCAACUUUACCUAUGACCGUCACAACUUCUUGCUCGAUGGCGUUCCUAUCCAGUUGAUCGGGGGCCAGAUGGACCCCCAGCGCAUUCCGCCCGCCUACUGGACUCAGCGGCUGCAGAUGGCAAAGGCCAUGGGCUUGAACACGAUAUUCUCCUACGUAUUUUGGAACAAUAUUGAACCGACAGAGGGCUCAUGGGACUUUGAGGGACGCAAUGACAUUGCCCGGUUCGUGCGGCUCGCCCAACAGGAAGGCCUCUAUGUCGUCCUCCGUCCUGGGCCGUAUAUAUGCGGCGAACAUGAAUGGGGUGGCUUCCCUUCUUGGCUCAGCCAGAUUCCCGGCAUGGCCGUGCGGCAGAACAACAAGCCCUUUCUAGAUGCAUCCCGCAACUAUCUUGAACAGCUCGGCAAGCACCUGGCCGCCACGCACAUUUCCCAGGGCGGGCCGGUCCUCAUGACCCAGCUGGAGAAUGAAUACGGCAGCUUUGGCAAGGACAAGGCCUAUCUCCGGGCCAUGGCGGACAUGCUGAAAGCCAACUUUGACGGGUUUCUCUACACCAACGACGGCGGCGGCAAGAGCUACCUCGACGGAGGCUCCCUGCACGGCAUCCUCGCAGAGACGGACGGCGAUCCCAAGACGGGCUUCGCCGCCCGAGAUCAAUACGUGACUGACCCUACCAUGCUUGGGCCGCAGCUAGACGGAGAGUACUACGUGACCUGGAUUGACGACUGGUCGAGCAACUCGCCCUACCAGUACACCUCUGGACGGCCUGAUGCCACCAAGAGGGUUCUCGACGACCUCGACUGGAUCCUGGCCGGCAACAACUCCUUCAGCAUCUACAUGUUCCACGGCGGCACCAACUGGGGGUUCGAAAACGGCGGCAUCUGGGUCGACAACCGCCUCAACGCAGUCACGACCAGCUACGACUACGGCGCGCCUCUGGACGAGAGCGGCCGCGCGACCGGCAUCUACCGGCAGAUCCGAGACGUCAUCUCCAAGCACGUCCCGGCAGGCACCAUCCCCGAGGUUCCCCACGUGCCCGACCUGACCACCAUCGACGACUUUGCCCUCGAGCCCGCCGUGGCGCUGUUCGACACGCGCAGCGACAAGCCCGCGGUCCAGGCCGGCAGCCCCGUCCCCAUGGAGAAGCUGGGCCAGGCAUUCGGCUUCGUGCUGUAUGAGCACCGCGUCUCCGCGGCCGUCAGCGGCGCCAUUGCCCCCGGUGACGGGCCGCGAGACCGCGUCAUGGUAUACGUCAACGGCGCCAGGGUCGGCGUCGUGGACAAGACGCACGCGGCCCCGGCGCCCGUCAGCGUGGACCUGAAGCAGGGCGACGUCCUGCAGCUCCUGGUCGAAAACCUCGGCCGCAUCGACUACGGCCAGCAGCUCAGGGAGCAGCAAAAGGGCAUCGUGGGCAACGUCACGGUCGGAGGGGACGCCGUCCUGGAGGGAUGGUCUGCGUAUUCCCUGCCGCUGACGGACCUGCCCGCCGCCCUGGCCGACGAGAAUUCCGAGACGCCUGAAAUCAAGGAUGGGGGCGCUCCCGUCUUUUACAAGGGCACGUUUGGCCUGCCCGCGGGGGCCGGCAAUGACCUCAGCGGCGACACCUUUCUCUCGCUGCCCAACGGCGUCAAGGGCAGUGUCUGGGUCAAUGGCCAUCACUUGGGGCGGUAUUGGGUCGUGGGACCCCAGCAGAGUCUGUAUGUGCCGGGCGCGUAUCUGUACGGCGGGAAUAAACCCAAUCGCGUUGUUGUUCUUGAGCUUGAGCCCAAGGCCGGUGCGGACAUGGUUGCCCGCGGACUGGCGACGCGAGAGUGGGCGAACCAUCCUGACCCUGAUGUCGCGUGA